AUGCGCUCGUUUCCCGCGGCGUCCCCCGCGGCAUCCCCCGCGAAGUCCCCCGCGGCGUCCACCGCCGCGGCGCGCAACACGAUCAUGGCGUUGCCUACUACUCCGAAUCGGCGGGCUCCGCCGCAGCGCCGCGCACCGACGCUCGCCGCGUCGCCGUGGCCGCGCGCCGUGGCGGUGGCAGCGGUGGUGGUGGUGGUGAUUGCAAUGGCCGGCGUUAACGGGGUGGACGGCGGUCCAAUCCUGGCGGAAUCUCAAGUGCAAUUCCUGCGGGACUGCCAGGACGCGUGGGGCAAUCCCUCAGCGACGUGGCCGGCUGACGACUCCAACUCCAACUGGGACUGCGGGGCACUGGAGUUUGUCUCCUGCGAUGAAAACGGCAUGAUUGUUAAGCU